AUGGUCGAACACCUCGACCCGGAUGCCAUCGACUUAUCCGAGGAUCUAUCGUAUAUUAAGAGGGGAGACAUCGUUGCCCUCUCCUGCCUCACCUCCCACAAUCGAGAUGGCGUCCUGGGCAGCGAGCGCGUGUGUCUGUGCACGGAAGGGUUCGGAAAUCGGAUGUGCACACUCGAGAACGUCUCCGACAAGGAUAUUCCGCCGGAUAUCGCGAUGUGCAUGUUGUACAUCGACAACGCUCUCUCGAUGCGCGCCUUACAGGAGAUGAUGAGCGCAGAUUCCGAUCAUAAAACGACAGCUGGCGGUGCGGGUGGUCACAAAACCCUACUCUACGGCCAUGCUGUCCAGCUCAAGCACGUUCAGUCCGAAAUGUACUUGGCUUGCCUUUCCUCUUGCUCGUCGAACGACAAGCUUGCUUUCGAUGUCGGUGUGCAGGAAACGAACGAGGGAGAAGCCAGUUGGUGGACGAUUCAUCCUGCAUCCAAGCAGAGGAGCGAGGGAGAGAAGGUUCGCGUAGGCGACGAUGUGAUUCUCGUCUCUGUCGCGACGGAACGAUAUUUGCACAUGGCUUACAAUAAAGGCUACAUGGUGAUCGCUUCCUUCCAUCAGACCCUGUGGAAUAUCUGCCCCGUCAGCGCCGGAAGCAUCCGCACAAGGAAUAUGGGAUACCUCUUCGGCAAUGACGUCGUCCGCUUCUUCCACGGUAAUGACGAGUGUCUCACCAUCCCGGAGAACUGGAGUGAACAUCCCCAACACAACAUGGUCAUCUACGAGGGCGGCAGCUCCGUCACGCAGGCUCGAAGCUUGUGGAGAAUGGAGCUCUGUCGAAUGAAGUGGCAUGGAGCACUGGUUGGAUGGGAACAGAACUUCCGCAUCAGACAUAUCACUUCCGGAAGGUAUUUGGGAGUGAUCGAUAACCUCGUACAACUCCACCACAAAGAAAAAGCCGACUUCGACUUGACGGCUUUCAUCAUGUUCCAGAAUAAAGACUCCAAGAAGAUCGUUCAAGAUGAAAAGGAAGAAGAAGGAAUGGGACCUCCAUCAAUCCGAUACGGGGAAACAGAUGUCUUCAUCAAGCAUUUAAAAACCAAUGCUUGGUUGUCCUACCAGACAAGCGAGGUCACAAAGAAGGGUCUCGGAAAAGUGGAAGAAAAGAAAGCUGUAGCACAACAAGAAGGGCAUAUGGAUGAUUGCUACAUCCUUUACACAGCCCUCGAAGAAGAGAGCAAAUCCGCACGGGUCAUCAGAAAAUGUUCGUCGGUGCUCAACAAGUUCCUGAAGGGCAUUGAGGCAUUACAAACCCAAGGCAAUCAAUCGCCGGAUUGGAUACGUGUCGAUUUGAAUGAGGUGUUGAAACUGAUGGAGGAUUUGAUACAGUACUUUGCACAGCCCGAUGAGGACUUCGAAUUCGAGGAAAAGCAACUCCACCUACGCGCCCUGCGUUCGCGCCAAGAUCUAUUCCAAGAGGAAGGCGUCCUCAACAUGAUUCUCGACACCAUCGACAAGUUCUCGCAAAUGGAGGCUCUGCCCGAUUUUGCUGGGUUGAUUGGAGAGGAGACCCACGAACGAUGGGAACAAAUCUCAACGUAUCUCUACUCUCUAGUGGCGACGAUGAUCAAGGGAAACCAUUAUAACUGCGCUCAAUUCGCAGCUGCCCAACGCUUGGAUUGGCUUUUCGGUCGAUUGUCUAAUCCACAAUCCGCGGAAGGAAUUCUUGAUGUGCUCUAUUGUGUACUCACUGAAUCUCCAGAAGCGUUGAAUAUGAUCAACGAGGGGCAUAUCCGCUCUGUUAUUUCGCUGCUCGAGAAAGUGGGACGGCAACCUAGGGUGUUGGACGUGCUGUCAUCGUUAUGCGAAGGAAACGGGAUGGCUGUGCGUUCGUCGCAGAAUCUGAUUGCUCAAUUUUUGUUGCCUGGAAAGGAUCUGUUAUUGCAAACAGCUAUGCGAGACCAUGUCAGCAGCAUGAUGCCAAACGUGUUGGUGGGCGUUGUUGAAGGGUCAGCAUUGUUCAGAAAAUGGUAUUUUGAAUGCGAGAUUGAACACAUCGAACAAAUGACAAAAGAAGUCCCCUACCUUAGAAUCGGAUGGGCCAACUCGAACGGCUUCAAACCUUUCCCGGGGAGUGGCGACAAAUGGGGCUGUAAUGGAAUCGGUGAUGAUUUCUACUCCUACGGUUUCGACGGAAAAUCGAUUUUCUUCGCCGGAAAAGGCCGGAAGAUCGGAACAAGGCGAUUGAGAAAAGGAGACGUCGUUGGAUGCGCUCUCGACCUCACUGUCCCAGAAAUUCGUUUUACGUUGAAUGGCCGCGAGACAACCGGGCAUUACCGAAAUUUUAACGUUGAUGGGUUCUUCUUUCCGGUGAUGUCACUCAGCGCGAAAGUCAGUUGUCGUUUCAUCUUUGGUGGUGACCAAGGACGACUCCGGUUUGGACCACCGUCAAGUUUUUCGGCAGUUGUUGAAGCUGUUUCUGGCGAGCUAAAAAUCGCAGAAUGCCUGUCGUUUGGUGAUUUGCCGAAAAACGUCUACUGCGGCCCAUCGACGAUGCUCAGUUUCGACCCAUUCGUCCCGAGACCUGUCGAAAUUGGGAUGGUGCAACUCCCACACUUUGCUGUCGAGAUCCAACAGCAAUUUGCUGAAAAUCUGCACGAGCUGUGGGCGAUGCGCAAAAUCGAGCUUGGUUGGGAGUGGGGUGAGGCGAGAAGCGAGAGCUCAAGAAAACACCCUUGCCUUACACCAUUUGACAAAUUGCCACAGAGCGAGAAGCUGUACAACAUCAAUUUGGCAACGGAUACGCUGAAGGCGAUAGAAGCGCUAGGAUACCAUUUGAUCAAGGAUGAUCCUCCUUGUCGUCUACGGCCUGUUCGACUGCCUCCCAACUACCAACAAGGCAAUGGCUUCAAGCCUCAACCACUCGAUACCCACGAGAUCCAGCUCCCCAAGGAAAUGGAUCCCUUGAUAGAGGCACUAGCUAGAAACACGCACAAUGUCUGGGCACGCGAGAAGAUUAGGCGUGGGUGGACAUUCGGAAUGAAUGAGUUUGUUGACGCCACCCAAAAACGAUCGCCUCACCUUGUCCCAUAUGAAAACGUGGACAGUCGUAUUAAAGAAGCCAAUCGAGAAUCGGCCGCUGAAAACAUCCGCGCCCUCCAGCUCCUCGGAAUAUUCCUGGAGCAGCCGGCGCAUGAGCACGAUGAAAUGGCUGAAAAGGCCGAACAAGCCCGUCGAGACCACACUCGUACCUACAGAGCCGAGGCCACAUAUGCCGUCACAAGUGGAAAAUGGUAUUUCGAGUUCGAGGUCUUGGCCGAAGGAUUCAUGAAGAUUGGCUGGAUGGAUAUUGCCGCUUCUCCCGACAAGCAGAUCGGGCUCGAUGAUCGGAGCUAUGCAUUUGAUGGUUACCUUGGCCGGAAAUGGCAUCAGGGUGCCGAGGCUUAUGGCCGAGAAUGGAAGGUCAAAGACGUGGUCGGUUGCUUCCUGGAUCUCAACGAUAGGACGAUCUCAUUUUCGUUGAACGGUGAACUGCUGCUGGAUCCCUCCGGUUCUGAAAUGGCUUUCGAUAACGUAAUGUGUGGAGAAGGUCUUGUCCCAGCCAUGACUCUUGGAUCCGGCCAGUUAGGCCGACUGAAUUUUGGCCAAGACAGCAACUCUCUUAAAUUCUUCACCACAUGCGGUCUUCAGGAAGGAUACGAACCGUUUUGCGUCAACAUGUAUCGACAAAUGCCGCUUUGGUUUGGAAAGCAAUUGGCACGGUUUGAAGAAUUGGUCGGGCAGUCUGGCACGCAGCUUGAGGUCAACCGAAUUCCGGCUACCGGAAACAGCCCGCCAUGCUUGAAGAUUACCCAAAAACUAACCGCCAGCGAAGGGUCUGCCCUCGAAAAAUCGGCGAUGGAAUUCUUCCGGCUUUCCCUUCCCGUCAAGUGUUCAGACACAUUUGUACGAAAUAAGGACAAGGAAGCGUUGCUCCGGCAAAUGAGGGACUAUAAGGCAUCCCGAUCCCUCUCCGUCAUCUCUGGAAUCAAAGCCCCGCAAAUUCCCAAAGAAUUUGAUGAUCAGCCGGCCGAGAAAAAGCGAACGCUUUCCCGAGUCCUCGGCGGCGUCUUCAAGCAGGGAUCUCUCGAAGAGAACGAUGCCUCUUCUAGCCAUCGAACAAGACCAACCUCCUACGAAUCUGAUCAUGCUCAUGAAGUUGCUGCCGUACGCCAGUCGAUGAUGGAAUACUCCCCAGAGGAGAGGCUAGCGGCUGAGGAGCACCUCAAGGAACUUGAUCGUGACCGAAUGAAGGAGGGCAAGAAGGGCGGAAUUUUUGCUCGCUUCAGGGACUCAAGCCAAAGCCGCAAAAAAGGAAAAGACGAAAGCCGACAAACGUCGUUCAAAAAUGAGAAGACCAACUCUCGCAGCUUUGACACUGGCUCGAUCAGUGAUCUGCCCCAAUCUUCUGCAUCCGGUGGAAAGGAUGUUCUGGCCGUCUCUGGACAAACAUCAAACAUCCACCCCGAUAUGCUGGUCUCGGGCCCUGGAAGACAGCCCACCAUCAAAAAGGACAAGAAAAAGGGCAAGAAAGACAAAAAGGACGAGAAGCGAGUGUCGACUAUCGGGCUUGAGAAGCUGCCUGACAGCAUUUUGGCAGAAGAUGACUCGGCUGCGAUGCUGGCUUUUGCUGAAAAGGUUGACGAGUACUACUACGGUAUUCGGAUCUUCCCGGGACAAGAUCCGGCAAACGUUUGGGUCGGCUGGGUAACUCCACAAUACCAUUACUACUCGGAGACCUUUGACGGCCAUGAAGGAGUCCGAAAAUGUCGCUACAGUGAGAUGGACCAUCAUGGAACUACGGUUGAUAGUGCCGAAUUCCGGAGCUGUUAUAUGCUGAACGUCUCCGAGCUCCUACAGACCGUCUCUGAUGCUGGCAACACCAAGGUAUCGGGAACUCUGGUGGGUUGCGUCGUCGACACUUCCAUCGGAGAAUUGACCUUCCAAGUCGGCGGUCAAGAGACGGGUCAUCGUUUCAAGCUCGAGCCCGGCGCAAUGCUAUUUCCUGCCGCUUUUGUCACACCAACGGCUCAGGAAGUGUUGCAGUUUGAGCUCGGCCGUGUUAAGAAUACGUUCCCUCUCUCAGCUGCCCUGUUCAAGUCGUCUCAAAAGUCGUUGUUGCCUUCGUGCCCACCACGCUUGACAAUCGAGCGUCUAUCUCCAGUCUACUGGGGCCGUGUCCCCAACGAGAUGCUUCGAACAACGGCCCUCAAGCUCAGCGACGUUAGAGGAUGGUCUGUACUAUGCAACGACCCGGUCCGUAUCCAAGCAGUCUACGUACCAGAAAAAGACCUAUCAUUUGACAUUCUAGAGAUGAUCGAACUGCCAGAAUUGCUCGAUUUCCACAGACAGACGAUGAGCCUCUACUGUAAACUGGCCGCUCACGGAAACCAAAAAGUCGCGCACAUCCUCUGUACGCACGUUGACGAGGAUCAGAUUAUGUAUGCCGUGAAGAGUCACUAUUUAUCGGGUCCAAUGCGACAGGGUUUCCACGAGCUUCUCAUUGCCCUCCAUCUGCAAUCAAAUACCUCGGCCCGGGAAAGCUUUGCGAAGGAAUACGUAAUUCCUCUUGUAAAAGAACUGGAAACCCGGAACGUAUACGAAUCGGAUGUAGAGGUCCGAUACCCACACAUUAUGGGUCAACCCGUUAGUAUGCUCCCAGUGAUGGUGUCUGAGCCUGUCAAGACAAAUGUCACCAGGGACGACGAGAUGAAGCUAAUGGCUCCACAAAUCAACCUCGAUGCGCUGAAGAACCACGUGAUAACGGCACUUCGAAGCGCAACGGAACAUGCAGUCAUGAAUUGCCGCGAUCUGAUUGGCGGUGACAACCUACACCACUUUGAACCCCUCCUCAAGCUGUUCGAUGCAAUGCUAGUCAUCGGUCUUUUCGGCGACGAUGAAAUGGAGAUUCUUCUGAAACUAGUUCACCCCGGCUACUUUGAUGAAGCCUGGGAAGCCGGAACCACCCAAAAAGGACUGACUGAAAUCGACUUGGCCGAAGGUGUCAAGCUGCAGUUGGUCAAUAUUCUUGACCAUCUCUGCGACGUGCAGCUCCGCCAUAGGAUCGAAAGUCUGAUCGGGUUUUCUGCUGGCUACGUUGGAGACUUGCAACAAGAUCAAUGUCGACGUUAUGUCGAAAUCAAACAAACCGACAUGCCACCAGCCGAAGCUGCCCGACGCACCAAGGAAUUCCGAUGCCCGCCUAAAGAACAAAUGUUCAGGCUGCUGAAAUGCAAGGUGAAAGAAGAGAAAGAGGCACUUCUCGACGAUGAGGUAGAAUACGAUCAGUGCCCAAUGUCGGAAAAUCUCCAGGACCAACUUCGCGAAUUCUGCGAGUUGCUUGUUAGCAAGAUUGGAAAUGCUGAUGAGGAAGCGGCUGGAGAAGAAUUGGCUCUUAUUGAAGCUGAAGACGGCUCUUGGGUAGACUCCCUAGCGCGCGUUGUGGUAUCAGUCCCUCCACCACUUGAAAACGCCCAAGGGGACCGGAACCUACGCAGUGGCACUGACAACUUCAAGGGAAUGAUUGUUGCCAUGCUGAAGGGCUGGGCAAUGAGCUCCUUCAUCGAAAGUCCAGAGCUCAUCCGCCGUAUGUUCCACCUUCUCCUCCGUCAGUAUUCUGGCGUCCGUGAACUCCGUGAUGCCAUGGCCCAAGCGUAUGUAUUCCAUGAACGGAAUGCGCUUGACGUCCAGGACUUCAUCAUCUACCUUGUACAGAUCCGACAGUUGCUUACGAUUCAAUUCGAGCAAACCGAAGAGGUCAUCUUGAAACGCGGAUUAUGGAAAUUGAUGAACAAUCGCAUCUUCUUCCAACACCCCGACUUGAUGAGGUUACUAUCCGUUCACGAAAACGUGAUGACAAUCAUGAUGAAUAUUCUGACAGCCCAGCAAGGAGCUGUGACAGAUCAUGAAGAUGAUGGCAAGGAGAAACAGCCGGUGAAGGAUUCGUCGGAAAUGGUUGUAGCCUGUUCUCGUUUCCUGUGCUACUUCUGUCGAACGUCGCGACAAAAUCAGAAGGCCAUGUUCGAGCAUCUCUCAUUCCUUCUCGACAAUGCCACCAUGCUGUUGGCCCGACCCAGCCUGAGGGGAUCAGUCCCGUUGGAUCUGGCCUAUGCCACAUUCAUGGACAAUAAUGAGCUGGCUCUUGCGUUGAAGGAAGAGGAACUAGACAAGAUCGCCGUCUACCUCAGCCGCUGCGGUCUUCAGCCCAACUCCGAGCUAUUGGCCCGGGGUUAUCCGGACAUCGGCUGGGACCCAGUGGAGGGAGAGCGUUACAUCGAUUUCUUCCGCUUCUGCGUUUGGAUUAAUGGCGAAAAUGUGGAAGAAAACGCGAAUCUCGUCAUCCGCUUGCUCAUCCGGCGUCCAGAAUGUCUGGGAGUGGCGUUGAAAGGCGAAGGCCAAGGCUUGUUCGCCGCCUUCAAAGAAGCCAUCACAUUGUCUGAAGACAUCCGGGUGUUGGCUGAAGAGAACAAUCCAAUGAUGCUCCGAUCGGGCCUUCUCGGGGAUGUUCCAUCAUACCCCUCGGCUGAAGCGGAGGGGGAAGACUACCUCGAUCUCGGGGCAGCUACCCUCGAUUUCUACUCUUCCCUUGUGGAUCUGCUCGCUAAAUGUGCGCCCGAUCCGUCAUCUAUUCAGGCCGGAAAAGGAGAUUCGGUUCGAGCUCGAGCCAUCCUUCGCUCACUGAUUUCCCUUGAUGAUCUCGGGCAAAUUUUGUCACUACGAUUCUCGAUCCCUAACCUCGCGCUCCCAUCAGAUGAUUCCGGACCGCUUCCUGGGCUUCUACCAAAUCAUAAGGGAAGUGUGUUGCUCUUCCUGGACCGUGUCUACGGGAUAGAUCAUCAGGAUAUGUUGUUCCAGUGCCUUGAACAAUCAUUCCUUCCCGAUCUCCGUGCGGCUACAAUGAUGGACUCGCCUCGUGCCCUCGAAUCCGACACUGCGUUGGCCCUAAACCGUUACUUGUGCAACUCCGUACUCCCUCUCCUCACCAACCAUGCUCACUUCUUCGCCGACGCCGAACAUCACGGCGCCCUUCUUGAUGCUACCCUCCAUACGGUCUAUCGCAUGAACCGCUUGAAGUCGUUGACCAAAAAUCAACGAGAAGCUGUAUCCGACUUCCUGGUGGCCAUCACCAAGGAGCUGCCACCGGUGAUGAUGAUCAAGCUCUUGAGAAAAGUCAUCAUCGAUAUCAAGCAAAUGCAUGAAUAUGUCCUUGUGCCGCUCCGGCUGAUGACCCUGCACUACGAACGAUGCGGAAAGUACUACGGAAACGGCAAUCUAUACGGUGUCGCUACUGAGACCGAGAAGCGGCUCUCCAUGCUGUUGUUUGACUCAAUUUUUGAUUCGUUGGCGACAAAGCCAUACAAUCCGGAGCUGUUUGGCAAAGCCUUGCCAUGUUUGACAGCAAUCGGAUCGGCCAUUUCUCCCGAUUACGCCCUGACCCAAUCGAUCGAGGAUCAGAAACUGUUUGCUGGGGAGGAUGAGGGAACCUGGGUCCCGAGACCCACCGACCUCAGUCGACACGAAUUGGGCAACGAGUUGAAUACAAUGGUGACCAAAUUCGCAGAGCACUUCCACGAUAGCUGGGCAAGUCGAAAGCUCGAAAAAGGAUGGGCCUACGACGAGUUGUACUCUCGGCCCAACCAAACGCAUCCUCGAUUGAAGCCUUUCGCUCAACUACGUGAUUUUGAAAAAGGCUUCUACAAGGACCGCUGCGCCGAAUUGAUCAGAUCCCUACUGGCGUGGGGCUACGAGAUCCAGAUGGCUGAUCCUGAUGCGGCGGACCGAGCAUCAAACGCCCACAAUCCUUCAGGCACCUGCGCCUCUGACUUCGCCCCUAAGCCGGUUGAUCUCAGUAGCAUGACCCUUGAGAAGGAUAUGACAACUGUCGCUGAGAAAAUGGCUGAACAGUCCCAUCUCGUUUGGGCCAGAAAGGUCCUCAACGACCUGAAUGCCAAGGGAGGAAAUAUGCCAACAGCCCUUGUACCCUGGGAUCUGCUCACUGAUUCGGAGCGCCGCAAGGAUAGAUUCCGUGCGGCAGAGAUUCUGAAGUUCUGGCAAUACCACGGCUACCACGUGCAGAAGGUCGAAAAACGAGACAGCCACCAAGCUUCCCACAAAAUGGAAGGGGAACGCAGUGGAACCGUCGAGAAACGCUUUGCCUAUAACCUGCUCGAAAAGCUACUCCAAUACCUCGAGCAGGCUUCUGUCAAGAUGAAGUCGGUGAAGCCCAGUCAAGAGUUGACUCGGCGGAACUCAUUCCGAAAAGAAGGUCAAGAUGUCAAGUUCUUCGAAAAGGUCGUCUUGCCGAUGAUGCACGCAUAUUUCAAUGCACAUAAGGGAUACUUCUUGGAGGGUAGUUCUAUGGUCCAGACCGGCACCGCUUCCACAAAGGAAAAAGAAAUGGUGGCCAAUUUGUUCUGCCGACUUGCCGCGUUGUUGCGCAUUAAAAAUCGGGCUUUCGGAUCUGUGGCCAAGAUUACGGUACGAUGCCUGCAGGGAUUGACGCAGGCAUUGGAUUUGCGUACACUCGUCAAAGUGAACUCCGACAUCGUCCGUACGUCGCUGCUCACCUUCUUCAACAACAGCGCUGAUGAUCUGUUUGCGGCUGUCAAAGAACUGAAGGAGAACGGACAAUACUCGCUGCUUCGGGGAGAAAACUUGAAAUCUUGGAUCUCACUCGAAUUCGCCCACCAGAUGAUCAUUCCUGUGCUGACAACUAUGUUCAACCACAUUUCGAAGAAUCACUUUGGCACAGAUCUGCUACUGGACGAUAUCCAGGCAGCGUGCUAUAAGAUCCUGGACAGUCUCUACAUGGUCACCGGUCUAACUGCAACGGCUGCUCAACGGAAAAGCAUCCAUUACGAAACUGAUAAGCAUCGUCCGGGACUUGGACAAUGCCUUUCCGCCUUCGCAUCGUGCUUCCCGGUGGCCUUCCUUGAAGGCGACUUCAACAAGAACAACAAGCACUCAGUCUUGGCAAAAUCUGCUGACCAAUCGGUGCAGGUGCAAGAGAUGUUGCACAGCCUUUCCGCGCAUAUCCCACAGCUCGAUAAGAUGCUCAACGAUGUCGAGCAGGUAUCCCUCGCUUCGGUCACCUACGCAGAAAGCCCAAACGUGUUCGACGUUGAUCUCCCCCUCCUGUGCUCUUACCUGGCCUACUGGUGGCAGUUGGGACCUGAUGGUGCGAGAUCUAAGGGCGACUCAGCAGAUGUGAAUGCACUUCCGAUAACUUCCGUAAAUUCGGAGCACAUAAAUCGGGUGUUCACAACUCUUCUACGUAUGAUGAAGAUGCACGUGGGAGUGGAGAAUGCGCCGUGGUUGCUACGCGUCAACUUCUUCGCGGUUCCGAUUAUCCAGAUGGUCACAUGUGAUCCGGUCAAGGAGUUCAUGCUGCCAAUUGCGGAACGUCUGCGUCGUAUUGCCGAACGAGCAUAUAAAGACGAAGAGCAUAUGCGGACACAUCCCGACGAUGCGGAUGAGGGAACUGUGGCAGAAGACAAUGCUCGCCUCGUCCGUGACACCUAUGCCUUCUUCCCGUUGCUCAUGAAAUAUACGGAUCUACACAGAGCUCAUUGGCUCAAACAACCGUCAUGGGAAACUGAUGGUGUUUAUGAAAAUGUGGCAGUGAUCUUCCGUAUCUGGAGUCAGAGUCAACACUUCAAGAGAGAAGAACUGAACUACAUGUCCCAAUUCGAAGAAGACCAGGCGCUUGGAAGUGGCGAAAUGAAAACGGGCAAGGCAGCCAUCGCCGAGCGCAAAAAGAAGCGCCGCGAGGGCCAGGUGAAAAAGGACAAGCAUGCGAACUCGAUUGUGAUCGCUUGCCUGAAAAGGUUGCUUCCGGUGGGGCUGAACGUCUUCGGAGGCCGCGAGCUAGACAUCGUGCAACAGUCCAAGGAGAAGUUCAUCCAGAAAGAACCGGAAGAUAAGAUCAGGGAAUUCAUCAAGAGUCUACUGGAUAUCCCGGUUAAGACCGAUCCAACGGACAAGAACGCUUGGCAACUGUCGCUGUACCGCAAAAUUGGUAAAAGCCAAAUGCGCGGAAAGGACGAGAUGACCCACGAUGCGGUUGUCGAAAAAAUUUUCAACAUGGGCCAGGUGUCCGCCAUCCUACACACGACGGAGCACCCGCAAAUGAUGGCCUCUCAAGCUUGGAAGAAAAUGGUGUCGACGCAACGGAAACGGGCCGUCGUCGCCUGUUUCCGUAUGGUUCCUCUUUACAGUGUGGAGCGACAUCGUGGAAUCAACUUUUUCCUGCCGGCCUUUUCGGAUCUAUGGUUAGACGAAGAAGAUACUGGACAAGAUCGGUUGAUAAAGGAUAUCUGCGAGGAUAUCGAAAUCGAAGAAGCGCCCAAGAUCGAGGUCACCGACGAGGGUGUGGUAAUUACCGAAGAAAGCAAGGAGGACUCAAAACCCGACCCACUGAAGCAGCUAAUCCGAUGCUUCCAACGUGCAGCCACCAGCGAGGAAAGCCAAGCAAAAUCGAUUGCCGAAGAUGCACUCUACGUUCGAUUCGCCGAUGUGAUGGCUAAGAGUGUACACAUCGAAGAUGAUGAAGGAGAAGGAGAUGAAGAGGGUGAACAAGAUCAAGCCCAGAAAGAGGAGGCAGCUCAAGCACUUCGAGCAGAACAAGCUGUAUUGGCCGAUAGAGGAGCGGCAAUUAUGUGCCUUAUGUAUCUAUCGGCAUCUACCGGAGAACCGAAUGAUAUGGUAGCCCAUACUCUGCAACUCGGUAUUCACCUACUAUCUGGUGGUAACGUGGAUAUUCAGAAGAUCCUUAUCGAAUACCUACAGGCUAAAAAAGAUGUCCGCUUUUUCACCUCGAUUGCCGGCCUAAUGAACAAGUGUUCGGUGCUCAACUUGGAGAUGUUCGAGCGACAAAUCAAAGCCGAAGGUCUGGGAAUGGGUGCCGAGCUGGCUGCUGGUGAUAAUCAGAACCUGAAUGAUGCCGACUUCACAUGCUCGCUCUUCCGAUUCCUCCAAUUGACCUGCGAGGGUCACAAUCUGGAUUUCCAAAACUAUCUUCGCACCCAGCCCGGCCACACCACCUCCGUCAAUUUGAUCAACUGCACUGUGGAUUACCUUCUUCGGCUACAAGAGUCUGUUAUGGACUUCUAUUGGCAUUAUUCGAGCAAGGAGGUGAUCGACGAGGGCGGCAAGGAAUACUUCCUGCGCGCCAUUCAAGUGUGCAGCCAAGUCUUCAACACUCUGACAGAAAGCAUCCAAGGACCUUGUGUCGGCAACCAGAUGACCCUGGCAAACUCGAGAUUAUGGGAUGCCAUUAAUGGAUUCUUCUUCUUAUUCGCCCACAUGAUGGAGAAGCUGUACAAGAAUUCGACACAGCUUGAGCUGCUCCGCGAAUUCUUGAACUUGCAGAAGGACAUGAUCGUCCUCAUGCUGUCCAUGCUUGAAGGAAAUGUAUUAAACGGGCCGAUCGGAAAACAAAUGGUGGAUGCACUUGUGGAAUCACAGCCGAGUGUCGAGAAAAUUCUCAAAUUCUCGGAUAUGUUCCUAAAAUUGAAGGAUCUAACGACAAGUCAGGCCUUCCAAGAUUUCGACACGAACCGCGAUGGCUGGAUCUCACCCAAAGAAUUCCAACGGGCUAUGGAAUCACAAAAAAUGUACACCGUCGAAGAUAUCACCUAUUUGAUGAUGUGCACCGAUGUGAACAACGAUGGAAAAGUGGAUUACAUGGAAUUCACCGAGCGAUUCCACAACCCGGCUCGUGAUAUCGGCUUCAAUUUGGCUGUUCUGCUAACAAACCUGAAAGAACAUAUCACAAAUGAUCCUCGCCUUGAAAAGAUCAUUGAAAAGGCGCAGACCCUGCUCGAAUAUUUCGAUCCGUUCCUCGGCCGAAUCGAAAUUAUGGGAUCGUCAAAACGGGUUGAGAAGAUCUAUUUCGAAAUCCAGGAAAGCUGGCUCGAGCAGUGGGGCAAACAGCAAAUUAGGGAUUCAAAGAAUCAAUUCCUAUUCAACGUGCUUCAAGAUGAUGGUGGAGAUCAGGGCAAAUUGGAGGCCUUUAUCAAUUUCUGCGAGGACACCAUCUUCGAAAUGCAACAUGCUGCCGAGAUUUCAAGCGGUGAUGGCAACUCCAAAAUGGAGCGCGCCUUGAAACAGCGCGACUACUUUCUGCAACAAACUUCCACCGGAGAGCAAAUCUCGGAGACGUUCAAGCAGGGCUACCGAGUCGGCCUCUCAGCAGCGAAUGCGCUGAAGCCAGAGAACAUGCAGAAAACGGCACGGCAAUGGACGUCAAAACUGCGUCAAAUGACGUGGAUGCAGAUGAUCGUGGCGCUGUUCAUGACGGUGCUACGAGUUGGCAAAGGAAUAUUAUGGAUGGGAUGGCUACUAGCGCUGACCUUGUUCCGCUUUGCGUACUUCUUGACGUCGCCAGCUGAGAAGGACGAGGAGGCCGAACAAAACGCGCUGCCACCGUCUGAUACUGGCUCACCUCACCAGCCAUUCACACCACAUGUCUUCCCCGAAUUCCACCAUUCACAUACCGGUGUCGACAUGUUUGGGCUGAAUGCGGAGAAUGUGAUCCAUGUCGAGCGAUCACCACCGCCUGACCCAUCACCCGAUGAUAUACCUGAAAGUGAAGAAGCACAAGCGGAUGUCCCGCCCGAUCCCCAUCCACAUGCACAAACCAGGGCCCCCAGCAAGGCACCAAGUGUCUAUGAGUCGAUCAGUGGAGGAGCUGCAGCACAGCAGAUGGAAGCUGCCUAUGGGCCGCAUCCAGCUGAUGGUGCUUAUGAACCAAAAAUUGCCGAGAUCAACCCGGGCCGUAGCCGGGGCUCUCUCCUCAAUAUGCUCGCCAGAAACUUCAAGAUGAUCGAAAAGUUGACGCUCGGCCUGGCCUUCAUCAUCAAUGUGAUCCUGCUAUUCCAUCGUGUCGACAUCAUGCAAUCGGAUGCAGGGACUACGGAUGGAAGUGAUGAUGAUGAGGACAGCACCGAGACAAUCUACAUCAGCGGUGUUACAGUCCCAUAUGUGGAAUAUGGAGUGGAGGGAUAUAUUCUAUCUCUGCUGCUUUAUUGGAUCAGCGUGCUUCAUCUGGCUGCCUCAUUCGCGCUGCUCGUCUCUUUCUAUCAGCUGAAAAUCCCGCUCAUCACUUUCAAGCGCGAGAAGGAGGUGGCUAGAAAGCUGAUGUUUGAUGGUUGUUGGAUUACGGAGGAGGAUAACGAAGAUAUGGGGGUUGUAUCCCUGCUAACCUGGUAUUUGGAUCGCAUUGUCAUUUCGUCAAAAUCGUUCCCGAUGAAAUAUUGGGACAAAUUUGUACGUCGGAAAACGCGACAAAAAUACGGAGAUCAGGUGGACGAGGAGACCCUGGAUGCCAUCUUGGGCGAGGAUAAGCCAGCGUCAGAUACUUCAUUUGACUACAGAUACACCUGCUGGUUGUGGAUUGGCGUCAUCUUGACGAACGGUCAAUUCUUGUACAGGGUCGGAUAUUUGCUAUGCUCAGCAUUUGGCGUCUUUUCCUCGCCAUUCUUCUACGCAUUCCAUCUGAUCGACGUCGUGCUCUCCUUCCCUAUGUUAAAAGCCAUCUUACAGUCCGUCACCCACAAUUUGCAACAGCUCAUCCUUACCAUCAUGAUGACGUUGGUGGUUGUGUAUUUAUAUACCGUUAUCGCCUUCAAUUUCUUCCGCAAAUUUUAUGUACAAGAGGGAGAAGAAGGGGAAGAACCAGAUCGAAAGUGUCACAAUAUGCUUACGUGCUUCAUUUACCAUUUCUACGCUGGUGUGCGUGCCGGUGGUGGUAUUGGAGACGAAUUGGAAUCACCUUACGGCGAUGACCUGGAAUACGCAAGAAUGUUUUACGACAUUUCGUUCUUCUUCUUCGUUAUCGUCAUUCUGCUUGCCAUCAUGCAGGGUUUGAUCAUCGACGCUUUCGGAGAACUUCGUGAUCAACAAGAAUCAGCUACCGAAAAGCUGGAGUCUUCCUGCUUCAUCUGUGACAUCGGAAAAGAAACAUUUGAUAGAAUGCCAAGAGGCUUCGAAAUUCACACUACUAAAGAGCACAACUUCGCAAACUACCUGUUCUUCCUACAACAUCUUGUGAAUAAGGAUGAAACGGAGUACACGGGUCAGGAGACCUACGUACGCGAGAAAUACGACAAUCGAGACUGGGAGUUCUUCCCGGUUGGAGAAUGUUUCGUCAAGCAGUACGAAGAUCAACUUCUCCAAUCU